AUGUCUGCGGACCAGCCGCUGGCCGACCAAGCAUGGGAGAGCAUAUCUCCCCGGAUCAAGGCAAACAGCUACUUUCCCGAGUAUACCCGGCUGAUCCGGCAGCUCUUCGAGUCGCUACAGACUUUGCAGCAGUCCAAGGCCACCGGCGCAUUGGUCCAGGGCUCUGACCCAGCCGCCGAGGCCAAGCGGCUCAUCGCCAAGAUUAUCGACCUUGAUCGGAAAAUCCAAAAGUUUGCUGAUGAACUGGAGCAGCAUCAGUCCAACCAGAGAAAGAUUGACGAUCUGCAGGCCCGAAUCAAGCAGCAUACCCAUGGCAUCCUGAAUCUCGUCCAAAGCCUGCGCAAGGCUGAAGCCUCGAUUGAGCUGACCCUCAGUCAAUCCAGGGAACGCAUCGAAUCGUUGAAGCAGUCGCAGACCAACAAUGUCGACUACCGCGAUGUGAUCGCCUAUGCUCGGCGGGUAGCGCCGUACACUGCAGCCCCGCACAAGUUCAACCCGCAGAAUCCAGAUCCAACCAUUCCGUUUAGUGCGCCUGUCCCGCAAGAGACUCUGAUACGAGCGAGCCUGCUCUUCCCAAAGAACCUGGAGGCUUACCUUGCCGAGACCAUGGCCGUGACCCAACAUCAGCGGGAAGAAAUCCAGCACGAAGUCGAUGCCAUGGAGACCGACAUUCUCGACCAUAUCCGCACUCGCGAGCAGGUCACCCAAGGCGACUCGUCGGAGGUCCAAGCGGCCGAUGUUGAUGUCCUCGAUCUUGAUCUGUAGCAUAUCCCCGAAUCCGGAAAGAAGAGCUUCCUCCGUUGCUGUCUUUUUCUUGCUUCUUCCGUUCAUCCCGCUCUCUGCGUUCAUAAUCGAAUGGUCUCCAUUGGAUUCCAGGACAGCAAACCGAUCCUCGCUCGUAGCCAUUGGCCGUGCGCCUGGGAUGCCAUGUCCUCGAUGGGGGAUCGAGUGCUGGCGGGGUCAACGCCAAUGCCCUUCGGUGAUGGGCAUCUCUCGAAGAGAAACUCGGAAAAUCCAAGAAAAAGAUGGAGUUUUAUUGAAUUUUUGUUGUUGUUGUUGUUUCGCUCUUUGGAAGAGCCGUAUGAGGCGCAGGGACAACCAAACGGGAGCAGGAGAUGGUGAAGAG